CCCUGUUCGCCGCGCUGCGGUAACGCGCCCGUUAGGAAUACAACUACAGGUCUCCGGCGGAGCAGCUGCAGGUCGGUCCGCCGGUGCCUAACGGACUUCACUUCAGCCUCAGCUGGCAAGUUAGGACAUAGCAGCUCUACUGUCCACUCCGCUUGGGUGCAUGCUGGUAAAAAGGCUUAUCUCCCGAAAAGUAACGUCUCAAACGAUGCGCGUCUGAAACACGAACACCAAGAUCAAGUCGCGGGAUUAACAGAAAAAACCCUAAGUGAACCUGCAUGGCGCAAUAUCCCACUGCCAUGCAUUGUUGAAGAGCUGAGGUUGUAGCACACAAUUUCCAGACACAUUAACUGCAACCAGGAGGUCACCUGAUGGCCUCCCCACUUACCUGCUCAGAGCUCAUAGUGCCCUUCGCCUGUUGCUGUGAUGAAGACCGCCAGCCGUGCCCAGUCCCGGAGCAGUCCUCCUCUGGUCCAGAUGAGGCACUACACACCUGGGGUUUACCCAUUCUUGUUUCCCUCGGUCAUCAGCUCCCUGCCUCAGUUGCCACCAGUAUCGCCUCGCAGACUGCAGAUCCAGCAGCCAUCCAGGGGCAUACCAUCACCACUUGCCAUUGAAACACAGAGCACCAGUUCGGAAGAGCUUGUCCCCAGCCCGCCAUCACCACCACCUCCUCCCAGAGUCUACAAGCCCUGCUUCGUCUGCCAGGACAAAUCCUCCGGAUACCACUAUGGUGUCAGUGCGUGUGAGGGCUGCAAGGGCUUUUUCCGUCGAAGCAUUCAGAAGAACAUGGUGUACACCUGUCACCGGGACAAGAACUGCAUCAUAAACAAAGUGACGAGGAACCGCUGCCAGUACUGUCGCCUGCAGAAGUGCUUCGCUGUGGGAAUGUCCAAAGAGUCUGUUCGAAACGAUCGGAAUAAGAAGAAGAAGGAAAGCCCCAAGCCAGAAUUGGCAGAAAGUUACGAGCUGUCAGCCGAGCUAGAGACCAUCAUUGAGAAGAUCCGUAAAGCCCAUCAAGAGACCUUCCCCUCCCUCUGCCAACUUGGCAAAUACACCACGAACUCGAGUGCAGACCACCGUGUGAGGCUGGACCUGGGCCUGUGGGACAAGUUCAGCGAGCUGGCCACCAAGUGCAUUAUCAAGAUCGUGGAGUUUGCCAAACGAGUGCCUGGCUUUACAGGGCUGACCAUCGCUGAUCAGAUCACACUUCUGAAAGCCGCCUGCCUGGACAUACUGAUCCUGCGCAUCUGUACAAGGUACACGCCUGACCAGGACACCAUGACCUUUUCAGAUGGACUGACCCUCAAUCGGACACAGAUGCACAACGCUGGUUUCGGCCCUCUCACCGACUUGGUGUUUACUUUUGCCAAUCAGCUGCUGCCCAUUGAGAUGGACGACACAGAGACGGGCCUUCUUAGUGCCAUCUGUCUCAUCUCAGGAGACCGUCAGGACCUGGAGGAGCCUUCCAAGGUGGACCAGCUCCAGGAGCCACUGCUGGAAGCUCUGAAAAUCUAUGUGAGAAAGCGCCGACCUAGCAAACCACACAUGUUCCCCAAAACUCUGAUGAAGAUCACAGACCUGCGCAGCAUCAGUGCUAAAGGAGCUGAGCGGGUUAUCUCUCUAAAGAUGGAGAUUCCAGGUUCCAUGCCACCUCUGAUCCAGGAAAUGCUGGAAAACUCGGAGGGCCAAGAUGGUCAGAGCAACAGCAACAACAGCUCAGCUGAAGCUGGGGCAAGCCCCAGCACCAAGGACAGCCCCGACAACGACACCGCUGCGCCAGAGUCACCAGAAUCCUUGGACCCUGAAGAGGCUGCGGCCACUCCACCCAGCAGCGAGCCCUAGGAGGCACCAACAGGUGUCUCUUAAACUCUCUCAGACAUUCCUUUGCACAAAAAGAUCAGUCAGCAAGGAGCUGACCAUCUAUAACCUCUUCGUUCCUUCUCUUAUGCUUGGUGUAACAUUGACUUUAAAUCCUUCUAUUUUUCUGUCCAGUUUACUGAAAGAUUUUCUCCUUAAAAAGAAAACAACAUGGAGGCUUCAAAGGAUCAGUGCUUUGUGUUUGAAUUGAGCUCUUGUUCGGCAUGGUUUCUCUGGGGCCAGGACUUUAAAAGGAUGGGCGUGGCCCUUCCAGACCACCACAGAUGAUUCUCCUCAGGUCUCCUGUGUAAAUUUGUAUCUGCAUGACGGGAGUUUGAUAAUGGUUUCUCUCUCUGUGUUUCUCUGUCAUCUCUGUCCAUCUAUCGUAUUGUUGGCAUACGUACACUGUACAUACCAUGGUAUGGUCAGGUCUCUGUUUCUAUGAUGAAUUUCGUGGUCCUUGUUCCAUGGUGUUGGAUAUAAUUUUAAAGGUGAUACUCAAGGUGUAAAGCAGAACUAAUUUUAAGUUCUUUAAAAAAUAUCUAGAAUGUUAUUGCACAUAGACAUUACUGAAGUCAAAUAUUUGACAUGUUUGUAUAUUUAAAACUGCUCUUUUGUCUUUACGUGACCUCUUUGUUGUACAUGAAUGAGUGUGAAUCCACACGGCAGAAUGCUAAGCUUCCCUCCAUCUCUGCAGCUGAGUCAGUUCAGGUGUUUCCUCAAGGAGGGAAGCACAACAGCAGAGCCUUACACACGCAUCAGACUGGCAAGAUCCCUUCAUCUUAUGUGUGUUGAUACAUGAACAGCACAGAUCUGACCAAGCAGAUUGGACUUAACUCACAAUAUACCCACAUGGGGGUGGUCUCUUCAGAAAAUUCAGAUAGCCUUAAUAUCCAAAACAACCCAGAAAAGGAGACACUAAAAUUGACUGAAAUGAAAGGAUGUCCUUCAGCUUUGUCAAAAUUGUACUUAUUUGUUGCACUUUAUUUUUUGUUGUUAGCCCAGAAGCAUCUAUUUCUGAAGGGAAAUGAGAUUUCUCAUGUCUGGUUUUUGUUAAGUUGUUGAAACAGAUUUUAGACAAUUCCAAACUGUCCUUUUAAACUAUAACAUAGGAGCAUAAGACUUUUUUGAGUGAAUUUGUAUUGAUAUGUUUUUGCAUUUAAUAGCAGUUAACACAGUUAUUGUGUUUAGCAUUAGAAAAAAAAGCAUCUGUGUUUGUUUCUCUAGACCAGGGCUUUGCAAAUCCAGUCCCCCAGUGUCAAUGUCCUGCAACUUUUGGAUGCAUCCCUGCUCUAACACACUUGAAUCAAAAGGGUGAAUAACCUCCUUGGUAUGUCAACAGGUUUUGCACCGGCCUGGUUAUUAACCAUUCAUCUGAUUCAGGAGUGUUGGAGCAGGGAUGCAUCCAAAAGUUGCAGGACAGUGGCACGCAAAGGCUGGAGGUGUAGACCCUUGCCCUAGAAAAUGCAGAUUGAUUACCUCUGCCAACAUUUCCAAAUCCAACAUAUUCCAUAAAAGCUAAGGAAGAUAAAACAGAGUGCCUUUCCUGUACUUGGUUCAGCCUUCCUGUUAUCUGCUGAAAGUCUUGCUCUCUCUCACAGCCUAAAUGAACUGCAGACAUGUUACUACGUCUCAGCGUGGAGGGUACUAUUUCCUUUUUAUUCAGUUUCUUGUGCUUCUGUUGGCUUUAAUAUAAAACAACCAACUGAAAAUAUUAGUCUUCUCUAAGAAUGAACAUCCAUACAAAGGAAUGUUGUUCUUAGCCCAACAUGGUAGCACUUACCUCUGGUUGGACAAAGAUCGGCAUUUAGAGUUUCCGACGGAGUUAUCAGAGCCGAUCAAGCUGAAAAUCAUCUGUUUCUGGUCUAUUUAUCAGUGCAUCUCCAGGAUAUAGCCUGUCUCAUCAGGGCUCAAUGAUUCUGUUAUCUCAAAAAACAUAGUUUUUUCUUUAUUUAUGGCAACAAACUGAAAUGUAGAACUUAAUUUACAUAAUUGUUCCAACUUAAUCCAACCCAAAAGCCUGGUUGGCCUUAACAGUAAUCAAACCGUUUGGAAUUUUUCCUGCGUUCUAAUAACAGCCUACAGCCGCUUUAUAUUUUCAAAAAUGAAUGCUGGCCUGAUGAGUGUGUAUAUCUACUGCUAACGACAGUGUACUAUCGACUGCUCAUGAGCUCUGUUGUGGCCUUAUGAACAGAGCUCUGCAUCCCACCUUUCUUCUCCCUCAUAAAGUGUCUUGUUUCAACCAGUGAAACACGGGGGCAAUGCAAUCCUUAAUACACAUUGAACACCGAGCCUCAUGGGUCCGGAUGAUUGUAUUCUAAUGCAGAAAGCACACUGUGGGGUAGGAUCUGUAAAUCCACUCCAGAUGUUUGCCUUGGUCUUCUGACCUGACUGUGUAAGCUUUACAUAAUGAUGCAACAGGAGAUUCCAGAGGACCCUGUAUCCCACCAGAGAAACUCAGUUGAGUCCCUUUGGAAGGUUGAUCCAGCUGAGCUGGUAUGGAGGUACAUGAUGGUCCCUCUGAAACUAAAACAUGAUCAUGGAGAGCUGCCUUUUCCCCACAGCCAAGGUCACAUGUGAUACUAAAACACAAGAAAAAAAGACACUUUAUGUCUUUGUGAAGGACCCAGACCAUUCACUGCCUUAUUUUCUUUUGCAGUUCAAUAUGAGUCGAUCCACUCUGAUAUGUUAAUUAAUCUCUCAGCACAGGUGAAUAUGUAUGUAUUAGCCAGCAAUGCUUUUUCAUCAUCAGUACAAUGACUGAAUCUCAUUUUCAUGUCUGUGUUCCUGAAGGAAAAGUGUUUGAAACAGAAUUUUUACUGGAGAACUGCAAUGAAGCAGCAUGUGUUUUUGCUACAAUUUCUGCAAUAGUGACAUCGAUAUCAAGUCACUCCUGGUUAAAGGGAUUGGUCAGAUUUUGGGAAGUGGGAUUGUAUUAAGAUGUUUGGUAAAUAUCUUACCUGAAGAUGAUAGUUAGCUUAGCAUCUACACUUGUAUGAAACAGAGAUUAGCUUUAGCACUAAACAGAGCUAGUCAGAUCUGAGCCAAUUAGAUAAGUGCCUUCUUAAAACAACUCCUAUCUCCAAAAUAUGAUGGUAGUGUAUGUGAAAGCUAGUUUCUAAUCCGUUAGGCCACUGUUUGCAUUAGAUGGUUAUUUCCACUCUCAAAGUUUGGAGACUUUGGAUAACAACAGUUUCAUGGUAUUAACACAAGAAUUGAAAACAAAGAUAUAUAACAUCUAAACAACGGUUUUAUUGAAAACAGAAAAGCAAUAAUACUUCCUAGUGCUGCUUAAACAAUAUAAUAUAUUGUGCUUUGCAGACUGGAAGCUUGCUAACUGUACUUUUAAAACAGCUGUAUCUUUAUAGGAGCGAUGGCCACUUCUUUAGUUGCCAUGUUAUGAAUUUCUGUGUUUUGUGCAACUGUAAAUAUUUGCAAAUAGCUGUUUUUUUUUUAUUCAAGUAUGCAAAGGAAAAGUGUAGCAGCCUUUAAUCAUCCAGCUGAUCAGCAGUGCAUAGCAACAGAUAGAGGAGGGACAUCUCUGUUACACCCAGGAAACAAACUGACUACUCGGGCACUUUCUCAUGCCUCUAGUUGGCUAAAAGUUCAAGCCAGCCCCUGUUCCAUCAAAGUGAAAACACUAAAAGCAUUUUCUAAUGCAGGUAAGAUAUUUACUGUUCAUAACCUCUACAGAACCCCACUUCAGAAGAUCUGAACUUCUUUAACUUUGUCUGUUGGAAGACAGUUUUAGUGACUGAACCUCAGAUGCCUCAUUUUAGAUUUACAUCAGCUAUAUUACGUAUCUUUUCAUAUUUGCUCUCCUAUAUAGACGGCUCUGCUGAGUUGUUCCAGUUCUUCUAUUUGAUCUAAGGCAGCAAAGUGAUACGACUCUUUAAGGCAGCGACAGGUUCUGGGUCUCUGAGGCACAUAACAAACAUCCAUCUGCAUUCCAUCCCGGCUUUGAAAUACAUAUCAUAAGGGAAGCCAGAGCAGUUUCAGCUUUUUGUUUUUUGCUUGUUUGAAUGUGAAUAAUAGCACGGAGUCUCAGAAGAAUGAUAUGCAGUGUUAAGGAAAACUUACAUUUAUGUCCUUGAAAGAGAGGAAAUUCUCUCUCGCUCUGUCUCGCUCUCCUGGUGAGAGAUUAAGGGAGAUGUGUUGGUUUUUGUGUUGGCUAGUUUUUCUUUCCUGUAAGCUGAUGAACUUUCACAGCUGAAGAAUGUCCACAGCCGCCCCUGAAGCUCCGCCAGCCCCGAGGCAUUGGGACACAACAGGGACCGAUUCCUUUAGGACUCAACUUCACAUGCUGAAUUACUCGUUCUGUUUUGCUGAAUGUUGUAACUAUAAGACUGUACUGUGUAGCUCACUGCAGAGAUGUUAUAUAAAUGCGGUGUGCUUUGCAUUCCAAUUGGCAGCUCUGUGGAAAAGAUGCUCACUUGUCCUUGGAAACAUAAACUCAUUGAAAAACAAAGGCACUGGAACAUGGUGAGCUGAUCUGAACACAGCUCAUCAACUAAUAUAUUUUAGACAAUGACGAGGGAAGCUCAUGAAUAGGAGAAAUGGACCAACCAAGUCACCUCAACACUAAAUACAACUGAUAUGUUCUGUUUGUGACACUGUUGCCUCGUUCCUCAGCCAGGAUGUCAAUUAGCUGUCAUCAAACAAUCAACCCAAUCAGCUGACAGCUAUUUGAUAAGAAGGUUACCUGAAGUUGUAGGUGUGGCCGAUAUGUGGUUUCACAUCAGCAAAUCUGCCAUUUAUCAGCCAAAGAGUUUUUGAUGGCAACAUUUUUAUUGAACUUAUAGCCCCUGGAGGAAGCUGUGACUCUUUCCUGUCGCCAGGAAAGGAAAAAUGUACAUCCGACAUCUACUCCACACUGUUGUUAUGAAAACAGGAUGUAAAAAAACUUGCUUCAUCUUCUCAUCAAAAAUUAUUCUGUAGAUGUUAAAAUGUUUAAAUGUUGUGGGUGGCUGGUCACAAAAAUCACACAAUACCAUCAAAAUAGAAAUGUAUUUGACUAAUUCAGUUCAAUUAUGUUACACUGAUUCAUUACACAUAGAGUAAUAUGUUCCUUAGCAUGUAUUUCUGUUCAUUUUGAUUAAGAAACCCCAAAGUUCUGUUUCUCAAAACUUGAAUAUCACAUAAGACCAAAAAACAGGCUUUUAAUUUGAAAUGUUAUUGCAUACACCAUCAUAGGAAAGACUGCUGACCUGACUGUUGUCCACCUUGUAGAGCAUCAAAAUAAGGAGGGUUAGAAGCUGCUUGCUCACAAAGUACUGUAUUCAGGCAUAAUGAAAAAAGCGGAAGGAGAAAAUGGCAGAAAACGGUACACAGUAGUUUACACAGUAAAAGAAAUAACUGCACCCUUGAAAAGAUUGUUAAGCAAAGAGUUUGGAGGAGAUUCACAGAGUGUGGGCUGCAGCUGGAGCUUGUAUCUCCUUCAUGCCACACUGCAUUGAUUCAUGCAAAAAGAGCGCCGACCGAGUACUGAGAGCAGAUAAUGUACAGAACAUAGACAUACGAUUCAGCAGGUCCAUAUUUCUGGAUUCUUUUUAUUGGUCACAUGUAAUAUUCUCAUUUUCUGAGAAACUAUAGUUUUGGUUUUUAUUAGCUGUAAGCCAGAAUUAUAAAAAUGAACAGAAAUAAACAUGAAACCAAUCAGUUUGUAUGGAAUCUAUUAUUCUUAAUUCAAUCCAAAGAAAACUAUGAAUUUCAAAUGGAAAUUUGUUUGUUUUAAAUAAACUAUCCAACUUUCAUAUAUAGUAUAGUGUAUAGUGAAACAAACCAACUUUUCAAUGCUAUUGAGCACUGAGAUGCACUUGCACAUCAUCAUCACAUCCUAAGACCAUUCAGAUCUCCUGACAUCAGCAGUUAUGAUGCUUCAGUGAUGGUUCAGAGAUGCAACACCUACCUACAGAAAAUAACUAGCAAACACCUCACACACCAGAAGGCUUUGACCAAGUUUUUAAAGGACCUCUAGACAGCAAAGUACAUCCAUAAGAAACUGUUCAGUUGACUGUCUAGUCUGUCACUGAGCAGAGCUCCAGCUGUGGCCACAAACCCAACAUGGACCUGAACCACAUAUCGGUCUAACUCUGCACAGGAGCCUGUGGUCUUGACUCUGUGCUUCAGCAUCAGUCUUUAACAGUAGCUCCGUGUUUCUGUCACUCUUCAGGCUGUUCUUGGGAAACAUCCCAAAGUGUCUGCAGUUGUCAUUUUCUGUUCAGAUUUGGAGAACCUCCCCAAAGACUGCAGUGUUGUACAGUCUUUGCCACUGUAAGACGUGAUGCUCAUAUCUUAAUGCACAUGAGGUCUGAAGGGAGCAGGGAUCUGUCAGACCUGCUUCCACCUUACAGGGUGAAUCCAACCAAGGCAUGAUCUUCUACAUGUUCCGCCCUCCAUAUUAAAUGUUGUCUGUGUUUGUAUAUUAACAUAUGCUUUUUAUGUUCUUAUACUGUUUAACUUUACCAUGAACUGUCCUUGCAAAGUAAUAAAAUAUAUUUAUUUUAAA